AGAGAAGAAGAAGAGCAAAACACAGAAAAGGACAGUGGAAGUCUGUUUUCCACCUCCCAGAACUUAACGCACAACUCGCCGGCAUUACUCGGGAAAGACUGCCCUUCCUCUCACCUUGACUGCUAUUUUAAUUCAAAGGUCGAGCACCAUGUCCAUCCUGAAGAUUCAUGCCCGGGAGAUCUUUGAUUCUCGUGGCAACCCCACUGUGGAGGUGGACCUCUACACUGACAAAGGUCUGUUCAGAGCAGCUGUACCCAGUGGCGCUUCCACUGGUAUCUAUGAAGCCCUGGAGCUCAGGGACAAUGACAAGUCACGCUACCUUGGGAAAGGUGUCUCACAAGCCGUGGACCACAUUAACUCUACACUUGCACCUGCACUUGUUGGUCAGGAUGUGUCUGUGGUUGAGCAGGAUAAAAUCGAUCAGAUCAUGCUUGACAUGGAUGGCACAGAGAACAAGUCCAAGUUUGGUGCCAACGCCAUCCUGGGUGUUUCCCUGGCGGUGUGUAAGGCUGGUGCAGCAGAGAAAGGUGUCCCCCUGUACCGUCACAUCGCUGACCUCGCUGGGAACCCUGAGGUCAUCCUGCCCGUGCCGGCCUUUAACGUGAUCAAUGGUGGGUCUCACGCGGGCAACAAGCUGGCCAUGCAGGAGUUCAUGAUCCUGCCGGUGGGUGCCAGCACCUUCAAGGAGGCCAUGCGUAUCGGGGCUGAGGUCUACCACAACCUGAAGAACGUCAUCAAGAAGAAGUACGGCCAGGACGCCACCAAUGUGGGAGAUGAGGGCGGCUUUGCUCCCAACAUCCUGGAGAACAAGGAAGCUCUAGAGCUGAUCAAAGAGGCCAUCAGCAAAGCAGGAUACACAGAAGAGGUGGUGAUCGGCAUGGAUGUGGCAGCCUCUGAGUUCUACAGGGAUGGUAAAUAUGACUUGGACUUCAAGUCUCCUGAUGACCCAGAGCGUUACAUCACUCCUGAUGAGCUGGCUGACCUCUACAAGAGCUUCUGCAAGGAUUACCCAGUGGUAUCCAUUGAGGACCCCUUUGACCAGGAUGACUGGGAGGCGUGGUCCAACUUCACUGGCAGCACGGAGAUCCAAGUGGUGGGUGAUGACCUCACAGUGACCAACCCCAAACGCAUCACCAAGGCCGUGGAGGACAAGGCCUGCAACUGCCUGCUGCUAAAGGUCAACCAGAUUGGCUCUGUGACUGAGUCUCUGGCCGCGUGCAAGAUGGCCCAGUCCAGUGGCUGGGGAGUGAUGGUUAGCCAUCGCUCUGGGGAGACUGAGGACACCUUCAUCGCUGAUCUGGUGGUGGGGCUGUGCACUGGACAAAUUAAGACUGGGGCUCCUUGCCGCUCUGAGCGUCUGGCCAAGUACAACCAGAUUCUCAGAAUUGAAGAGGAAUUGGGAGAGAAGGCUGUCUUUGCUGGGAAGAACUUCAGGAACCCGCUGGCUUAACUGUGUGCAAUGGGCACAUACUCAUGGGCAUAUAGGCACAUAACGGUUUAGCAAGCAUUCCAAUGAUUACUUGAAAAUGCUGAAGAAGCUUACGGCACAAACUGAAAGUGUUACACACAUGUCAAGGCAGCUAGAAAGGAACAUCAUGUAAAGUUACGCUCCAAAACCAUAGGUUUUGGUUACAUACAUUCCCUACCCUAGUCUACAUACGUUCUGCUGCCCUAGAUUCACAAGGUGUCUGUGGCGACUAUAGUAACUUACAAUUCUGGCAUUUUUUGUUGGGGGGUGGCACAUUUUGGUUAGGGUGUUGUGAGUUGCAAUUCUUACUAUUUAAAUAUAGAGCAAAAUAACUGCAAUGGUUUAGGAAAGUGCUAUGGCUAUAGAUGCAGUUGAAUAAACUAAUUUGCUUGGAACUGAA